AUGUCCCACUUUUGUAUAUAUAUGCAAUCUGCCCCAUAGAAUAAUGAUAACAUCCACAUUACUAACUUGCCUCAAUCAUCCAAUGAUCAAAGCGCAUAAGUUGAAGAUACCCCUUAAUAAAAGAAGAUGAAAUAGAACAUUUUGAUUAAUAAAGCUAUUCUUUUUUUAGAUGCAGUUAAAGUUUUGAUGUUUGCAUUAGCCCUUAGAUAUACUGAAGCAGAUAUAAAUGGAGAUAUACUAAAUCUAUUUAAUUGGUGUAAACAAAUGGCCAUCUUGGCUUUAUUAGAAGGCUGCUUAAAAACCUGGGUUAUAAGAAAUGAAACUAUAUAAAUGGAAGGACUCAAUAAAAAAAAGUAGCAAUCUCUAUAACUCCUAGAUGAAACUUUAACUGCAGCUCUUACACAACCUACUACAGUCGAAAGUGCUGAUUUUGAUGAAAUUGAAUUUUUAUAAUUAUUUACAGAUUCAAGUGUAUAAAAGACAAAAAAGUACUUAAAAUAGAUAUUUUUUAGUAUUGAAAAUAUUCUGACUAUUUUGAUUAAUCUGACCCACAUAAUACUUUUCAUCCUUGGAAAUUUAGUCAUUUACGAUAAAACUUAAUUAAAUCAGACUUUCAUAUACAAGACUGCCUCUGUAUAUUUGCUCAUAGGAUUUUUAACAUUCUGCAUUCCAAUAAUGAUCUUAGUUGCUUUUUUGAUAAGUAUACCAAUAUUACUUUUUGGUUAUAUUUUUUCGAUUAGAAAUAUCAUUAAUUUAAGUUAAUAAAAAGAUGAACUUAAAUAGAAUAAGCUUAUCAAAGCUGAGAAUGUCACUCAAGACAACAUUCUGACUACCUUCUAUAAGAAAGAUUGUUCUAUUUGUUUGAGUAUGUAUGAAGUAGGAGAUAAUGUAGUAUUUUUGCCAUGCAAUAAAAAUCACAAUUUUCAUGAUGAGUGUAUCUAAAGAUGGUUAAAAGUUAAUAAUUCGUGUCCUGUCUGUAGAUAAAAUGUCAACGAUCAAGGAUUUGAAUUGUAGUCGAUCUAAAAUAAUACUUGGGUUGGAUUAGAAUCUCAUUUAUAUCUAUGA